ACGCUACUCGCUCUCCUAAAGGGUGUUUGCUCGAGUGUUCCGUCCCUCUGGUUUGAAGGAAGAUUGUUCUCUCGCUGCCGCGGAGCCACAAGUUCCUCUUCUCAUUUCACGGACAGACAGCAAGUUGAUCAGGCCGUAGCAGCAGUAGUGGCAGGUAUUUUCUCACAUACAAACACACAGGGAGAAAGAUCCCUAGGACUCGGUCUGUGUGAUAUACGUGCACCGAUCGGCCAGAGAAACCCGUAGCCAAAGUGAGAAGAUGGCUCGUGUCUCUCCCGUGAGCUGAAGCGGACGGAGUUUCUCGACGAGUCCGUGGUCGUGGAAUCUACGGAGAACAGCAAAGCACCCAAAGGGCGCGAUGGCUGGCUGGCUACAGCAGCCGGCUAACGGCUUCUGCCAAUGGAAGCCGCGAAUUUGGAGUUUCGUAGGCGUGGCGAUUCGGGUCCCUCCGCUCAUUGUUAUGGAUCAUCUUCUGGCGAAAGAAUCUUCGGCCAUUCCAGAAAAUCAAGACAUGUUCGAAUCGUUGCGCGACAGUCUCAUUGUGCUCGUGUUGCGCUCCCCAUUAUUCCUCUCCGCAUUCGUGGCGUUCAUGUUAGGAACUCGUCAGUUACUAGAAUUCUACUUAUUUUUGUCAUCGUUUGGAGUUCUCUUCUGGUCAUACAUUUCGAAUAGAGAACUCGUCGAAACCGCGACAGCUCUCGCCGACCAGAACACUAGUGUACUAUACGAGUGCUCGACCUUGAACACCGACAUCCUAAUCAAGGUUCUAGGAAAUUAUGCGCUGCAGUGGGUCUGCGGGAUCAUGUUCCGUUUCUCCGCCCACCUCACUUCGUUGACCUGGCUGUUCUACCUGUGGCUGAUUUUCAUAGGACCCACAAUUUUCACGAUGUUCUCACCGAUAGUCUCAAACAAUGUGCUGAUGUGGACGCCUCUCCUAUCGGUCGUCGCAGCUCAUUUAGUCUUGAUCUACGGCGCCCUCUCCAAUCUGAAAUCUCUGACCGCGUACGCGGUGGAUACUUUGAAUUGGGUGAAAGCCGUCUACGGGAACGACGGUUUCGUUGUUCUUCUCAAGUCCCAGUGGACGAGGCUCAACGUCCCAUCGGUCCUGAGGUUGUUCUGCGUUUGUCGAAUGAUUGGACACGCUUCUGUUAUGAUUGCGGACGCGCACGCUGCCGACACGCCGGUUUCGUGGGUCGCCCUGGCCGAGGACCUCUUAGUACGCGGCUGCAACACAACCUUGUCAGUAAUGGGGGUAACGAGUUUGUUUGGAAUGGUAGUCCACUACAUCACGAUGGCUGUGCAAGCUUUCCUGCAGAAAGACGACGUGGAAGAACAGAUGGGCACCGUAUCGUCAAUGUUGUUCUUCAUCCUAGCAAUGCAGUCCGGCCUGCCGGGCAUGAACCCUGAGAGCAGAAUCUUCCGUCUCUACCAGAACGUCUGCCUUAUCCUGACAGCCAUGCUUCACUACACUCAUUCGAUGAUUAACUCGCUUCUCCAAUUACUGGGAGCUUCCCUUAAUUCACCUCUGGAAAAACACGUGCGCGCCCUUCUGGGCUGUGUUUUCAUCGUUAUGUCGUCCGUGGGUCUGAUGUAUUUCACGUGGUCUCGACACGACAUGAGCUCUUGGCUCGUUGCCCUGAGCUGUUUCAGCGCGGAGCUCAUAACGAAAGUGGCCGUGUCCCUCGUCAUUUACGUCCUGUUCAUGAUCGACGCGCGACGAGACGGCUCGUGGGAACCGUUCGACGACUAUUUGUACACAGCGCGCGCUGUCAACUCGUGCCUUGAAUUAUUUUUCGCCACACUGUUAGUUCUAAACGGUGUGUGGAUUUUCUUCUUCGAGGAAAGUGGAACGAUCCGCGCUUUCAUGAUUGUUUUCCAUGGCUACUUCAACGUCUGGUCGCAGGCCAAGCAGAGCUGGACGAACAGCGUACGACGCCAAGAAGCCAGUCGACGUCUCGCCGAGUUCCGAAGGGCGACCCCAGAGGAACUGAAUCGUUUGAAUGACGUUUGCGCCAUCUGCCACCAUGAAAUGGAAAUCGCUAUCGUGACCGAUUGCGAGCAUUUCUAUCACGUAACCUGUUUGCGCAGAUGGCUCUUCAUGCAGAACCAUUGUCCCAUCUGCCACAGCGAGUUCGAUUGUCGGAAAAAACGUGAGCAGACAUACGAGCAGGAUUUCGCUCAAGAAGACGAGGGAGGUUUGUUCACACCUCCUCAGCCCGAAAACGUGCGGCGACGCUACUGAGACACGCUGAGCUCACUCAGAACUCAGGAGCGGGGAACUCUGCCCCAGGCGCGAUCGGAGACGACGCAAGGCUAGCGAGGUCUGAGCUGGAACUCUUCCAUUUGAAAUGCUCAGCGCUCGAGCUGAAUAAUUGUUUAUUGCCGAGAUCGAGUCUGAACCCAUCUAGAUGCGAUCUGAACCUCCCAAAUUCAAAAAAUUCAGAAAUGGAACCACAGAUGUACGAAGCACACAGUGCCGUCACAGGCUCGCGGUAAUUUUCCACAGAAAGUAGUAGACACCGAUUCGAUUGAGGGGUUGGUGACGG